CAUCACUAUUUUUCAUAUAAAAUAAUUUAAAAAAUAAUAUCGAUCAAAUAUCAUAACCCGCAACAGGAAGAUAAUUGUUGGAGGAAGGAGUACAUUUAUCAUUCAGCUGCCAAAAAGCCCACUAAUGAUUGUAAGUGGUAAAUAAAGCCCACAUGCGCCGGCCCGUCAAGACCAGCAGCCAUAGGGCCGGGGCCGAAAAAAUAAAGCCCUUGAGACCCGCAGCUCCACCGCGAAAACCCAAUACUCACCGCCGCGCUCCGCCAACAGACAGUCGCCCUUCUAUAUUCUCCGGCGAACUUAUUUCUUCUCCGUGAUGGAGUACGUUAGCCCUGAAGGUCUCCGCCUGGAUGGUCGCCGUCCCCUCGAGAUGAGGCAACUUCGUGCUGAAAUAGGCGUGGUAUCCCGAGCUACUGGUUCUGCUUCCUUUGAAAUGGGUAACACCAAAGUAAUCGCUGCUGUUUAUGGUCCGAGGACGGUUCAAAAUUGGAGCGAACAACUGAAUGACCAAGCUCUGGUUCGUUGCGAGUAUAGUAUGGCUAACUUCAGUACUGGUGAUCGCAUGAGGAAACCAAAGGGCGACAGGAGAUCCACUGAGAUUUCACUAGUUAUUCGUCAAACUAUGGAAGCUUGCAUUUUGACAGAUUUAUAUCCUCGUUCUCAGAUAGACAUUUUUGUCCAAGUUAUCCAAGCAGAUGGAGGAACAAGAUCUGCAUGCAUAAAUGCCGCAACAUUGGCACUUGCAGAUGCAGGGAUUGGAAUGCGAGAUAUUGUUACUUCCUGUAGCGCUGGAUAUCUAAACAAUAUCCCUCUUCUUGAUUUAAACUACGUAGAAGACAGUGCUGGUGGCCCUGAUGUCACUGUUGGGCUUUUGCGUAGGUCGGAUAAAGUGACUCUGCUGCAGAUGGAUUCCAAAAUAUCCAUGGACACUCUUGAAAAUGUGAUGCAACUCGCCAUAGAAGGAUGCAAGGCAGUGGCAAACUACAUCCGUCAAAUAUUAUCAGAAAACACCGAAAAAUUGGAAAACCGUUGCAACAGAGGGAAGGACUCAUGAUACGAAGCUCAAGUCAAAUGGUUAUUUUGUUUAGGGAAGGACUGGAAAGAUGAGAGAUGAAGAGGAAUAGACAUGAGAGAGAUGCUAACGAAGAGGAAGAGACGAAGUAGUGGGGAAUUAGUUUUGAAUAAAGUUGAGAGAAUAAAUGAUGAGGGCAAAAAAGACAUUUCAUAUUCUUUUUCUUACCACAAUAGGAAAGUGGACAAAUAUUGUGGGAUGACUCAAAAAGGAAUAUUGGACGAAUACUGAGGGACAUAGGGAGUAUUACCUUUGUGGU